AUUGUUGAUUCCGAUGUUGUGCAGAAAACUCGGAAAAGUGAAAAUUCUUCCUUAUAAAUCACUUUCUUCGAUUUUGUUUUGACGUUUACUGUCAAAAUGUCAAAUUCAUCAAUGACUCAUGACUCAUUGACGUUUGGUGCUUUGCAAGAAUGCCAAGUGUACAAAAAUAUGUGAAAAUUCUGUUAUUUGCUGAAAACAUAGUUAUUGUAUUUUAAAAUGCGUACGACAUGGUUCAUUGAAGACGACCCACCUGGAACCCCCUCCCCUUUGGCCGGGGGCCACAAACCCUCCUUCAAAGGAGGCAGCAACAAGCUCGCCAAGCGCGCCCGCUCCUUCAAGGACGACUUCCUGGGCAAGAUAUCGCAGAUGCGGUCGCCCCAAGGGGCAGCAGGGGCGGCCCGCUCGCCCCGCGGGCAGUCUCCCAAGGCGGGGACGGGCGGUGAUCCAGGAAGGGCGGCUGUGGUGGGCAGAGGACCCGCCCACGAUUUGGACGAGCUGCGGAAGCAGAUCCAGGUGGCGCUCAAGCAUUUCAGAGACGUGGUGUACAAACAGAAGCUGGAAAUGCUGCCGGGCAACGGCACCAUCGUCUUGGACACCGUGUGGCAAAUCAACUUGGCCGUAAAAUCCGCCGAAAAUUCCAACAACAUAAGGAGUGCCACCCUGCGCAUGUACGAAUGCGUGGCUAGACUGAUCAAGUUGUGCGAUGACGUUCUCAUUGACGACAAAAGUUCGGAACUGGAUAUGGAAAAUGUCAAUGAUAUCGUGCAACAGGUCGAGGAUGCUGUCAAAAAUCUCAUCAACUUGGCCCAAGAAAAACUGACCCAACAACACCUAACCUACAAAACGGCGCCGAGAUCGUCGUAUUGCAGCAGUCUGGAGAUGCCCCGCUCAACGGAACUCGCUGCCUGACAUCCCGCUCACCCCCAAAGAGAGGGAAAUAUUGGAGCACACCUCCUACGUCACUCCUGUCAAAGUGCGGAACAGUCAUAGCACGGAAUCCAUCCUCAGAGAUUCUAGUCCACCCCCGAAACCCCCGCUGCCGGAACGCCUGCGUCUCUCUCAGCCGGACAAUUGCAUAACGCCGCCUCCGUUGCCGCCUAAGAAGAAGAACGUGCGGAUGCAACAGUUGGUCGACGAGGGGUUUUACAACAAUUCGCCGAAAUCGAACGGGUGCGAAAGGUUAUCGCAGAGAUCGAAAUCCCCUGACGAUUCGAUUUCGUUGCAAUCGGAGAGCGUCGGCAGCUUGGACUCGGUAUUGAAUUGUUCACGUGAGGAGGACGAAAUGAAAGAACUGAUGGAUCACGAUAACAUGUUCAUCGAAAAUCACACUUCGGAUAUUUUGGGAGCGAAUGGCACUAACCUCUGGGAGGAAUCCUGCCUAGCCGGCGAUUCUUUCACCUCGUGCAACAACUACCACCGGCUGUCCAACGCCGAUUCCGGAUUCGCCUCCUCCGUGAGGUCAUCGGGCUAUUCGCAAACGAGCACCACCAGCUCGCAAUUCGUGCACCACGUCAAGAAACAGACGAACAUCGAGAGUGGCUUCAGGAGCAAUGUGAUCACGAAUUUCAGCCAAUCGUCUAGCAGCAGCAGCAGCUCGGUGGUGAUGAUGUCAAAUAGCGUGGCGAUCGGCAAAGAAGAAUUGCCGCCCGCUAUUCCAGAAAAGACUAAGAAGAAGACUGAGAGACAUCCGUCCCCGUACGACAACGUUCCUGAACAAAAAAUGGGUGAGUUAUUGAUAACAUGCCAGAGGCACCAAUCACAUCACAGCCUAUCAAAUAGUUUGACCAUCACUAACAACUGGGAACAAGAAAGCAACGAACCUCCGCCGUUGCCUCCAAAAAAGAAACAUAUAAUGGCGUACAUGGAGAUGUUCGGCAAUUGUUCGCACACCAGCAACCAGGAAUUUUUGCGACACUCUGUGCACAUGGUGCAUGCCCAAUACGGGCCGCCCGUCCCUCAAGGGCUGCCCACUGCAAGGUCAUGCGCUUUCGGCCGCCCAAGCCGCUCCUACUCGACCGCAGCGGAGGACGACAGGUCACCAUCGCCACCCCGCACUCCCCACCCCUCCAACGCUCUCCCUCCCGCCCUUCCCCCCAAACAGCGCUCGCGCAAAUCCUCUGCCCGCUCCCCUCCACCUACCCCCACUUCAUUUCCCUCGAAACCUCCUCCCUCCCCCUCCUCCAAACCCCCACCGCCCCACCUCCUCCCCGAUCUCCUCGAGCACACGACCAAAAGCGAGGGGAAGUCCUCCCAUUCCCCCCAUUUUCCCUCCUCUCCUGACUCUUCGCCAUCGGGAGGGGGGUCGCCUUCCCCCUCCUUCGAGGUGGACCUGAUGGAGGAGCUGGACGUCGAGAGGUUUUUGUUGAAGAAGAAGGAGAACGAGGAGGGGCCUGAUAUUAGGGGGGGACCGAUUGACGGGUUGAUUAUUCAGGCGACCAAGGCGACGAAGAAUGGAGUUUUCAUUUAUCAAGAAGCCUUCCUGACUACCUACAGAACGUUCAUAUCGCCCAAAGAGCUUAUCAUGAAACUGAUAAGAAGGUACAAUCAUUUCUACUAUGUGUCCGAUAAGAAGCCGAGGUCUAGAGAGGCUUUCGCAUUGAUCGUACGAGUCGUCAGCGACCUUACUACGUUGGACUUGGACGAGGAGCUGCAACUGAAGCUGAUGAACUUCGUGCAGCAGCUGAUCAGCUGCGGCGAGCUGACGCUGGCCAAGGCGUUAAGGGUGAAACACCUGCAGCGGCACGAGGCCAAGCAGGGAUCCUUGAGGCACCCUGUCACAUCGACGGGUGUUCCUCCGAAUUGCAGCGGCAGCAGAAAUGCCACCAGCUUGUUGGAGUUCAAGUCUGAGCAGAUCGCCGAGCAGAUGACGUUGCUGGAUGCUGAGCUGUUUAUGAAGAUCGAGAUUCCCGAGGUGUUGAUGUGGGCACAAGAACAAAACGAGGAGAGAAGUCCGAAUUUGACGAGGUUUACGGAGCACUUCAACAAGAUGUCGUAUUGGGCGAGAACGAGAAUUUUGACGGCAGAAGGAAGGGACGCACGUGAAAAGUACUUCUCCAAGUUCAUCAAGAUAAUGAAGCACCUGCGUAAAAUCAACAACUUCAAUUCGUACUUGGCCCUUUUGUCGGCGCUUGAUUCGGCGCCGGUGCGUCGAUUGGAGUGGCAGAAACAGGUGCAGGAAGGGCUUAAGGACUAUUGCGCCCUCAUAGACAGUUCGUCCAGUUUUAGGGCGUACCGUAUGGCGCUGGCUGAAACGCAACCGCCCUGUAUACCAUACAUUGGUUUGAUAUUACAAGACUUGACGUUUGUCCACAUCGGAAACACUGAUCUACUGUCAGAGGGCAAUAUCAACUUUUCAAAGAGAUGGCAGCAAUUCAACAUUCUCGAAAACAUGAAGAAGUUCAAAAAAGAGACGUACACCUUCAAGAAACAAGAGAGGAUCAUAAGUUUCUUCGAUAAUUUCAGCGAUUUCAUCGGGGAGGAAGACAUGUGGAAACUUUCAGAGACCAUCAAACCGCGUGGUUGUCCCGUAAACACCACGUCAAACCUAGGGAGAAUGUAGAUCAAAGGAAAAUUCACCUCCAUGACAAAAUUCCCAUUAAAAAAGUCUCAACGUUUUUGUUGAGAAUAUCCACUACCAAAGUCUUGAAAAAAAUAUUCCUCACAGCCCCCCUUUAAAAUGGUCGGAGAAUGUUUUGAAUGUAUACGUUAAAAUCAUUCUUCAGCAAUAUUUACUGAAAAAAUGAACCAAAAAGGUGUCAAAUUGUACCAACCGUGUAGACAAAACUAUUGAAAGGGGCAAAAAUUCAAUAUUUUCAUAUGUAAUACCACCAAGUGAUAAUAUUUUGCCGGAAAUAUUCGGUGAUUGUUACGACAGCUUGUUGCCUAGUAAUGGGGAAGACCACUGAGAGAAGAAAUCCGUGCAAACCUCUUUCAAUCGACGAAUCAUGAUUUACGUUUGAUGUACAAUCAAUAUUAUGAGUUAAAGUUGAAGGGAAUCGAAUCUAUAUCGUUUUGAAAUCAGCAUAUUUCAUUCGAUAUUUCAAACAGCCAAAUAUGAUGGUGGAGUCAUGACGUAUUAGUCCCGAACUGUAGCUAUCUCUCUCGGAUACCUCGUCAUUCUGCAGUGUUGCAGUGUGAUUGGUCAGUUCAAGGACAAUAGGCGUGUUGGGAAUAAGACGUCGCACCAGUCACACCAAUGAAUUGACAAAAUUUUAAAUGGCGCAGGAAUUUUGUGUUUUGAAAUGGACAUAUUUUAAUUUAUUUUUUCCAUCGUCUUAGCAUGAAUGACAAAAUUCAAAAUUAAUUCGCCGGUAGUUUUUCAGUAUAUAGUUCACGAUAAUGUCAUUUUAAAAAAUCAGUGGUCUCCCCCAUUUCGUGAAUGACAUUGUUAUGGAUAUUAUGGAGUUUUGGAUCAAUGUCAUGAGUGAAAUUAGAGCAGCUAGCUGGAGUAUGUCAAUCGACGAAUAUUUCCAGGAAAAAUAGUAUCACGAGUUGUAUUCGUAUGACUAUUUCAUGAUUGAAUGAGACAAUAUAUAUAAGAAAUAGGAAACGUAAUUUAAGUAUAUUCCAACUCGAACUGCGAAGAAGAACAUAAUGAUAGUAAUGAAAUACAGAAUUCACUUUUUUAGAAAUUAACUACCUACUUAUAAUUAUUCACAAAGUGGAAUGUACAAUUUUGAUAAACAGUAUUUUUUUAUUAUCUUGGAGAUGGUUGCUCUCAAAAGAGUGUAUACAAUUGCUAUCCAAUUCAAACAAAAUGAAUUGAAUUCAUGCGACAUGAAAUAAUUAAAAAAAAAAGAUAUCGUCGCCGAGGGGCUCGAACCAUCGACCUACUUAUCUCUGCAUCGACCUUCGUAUCUUCGCGCAACAACCCUAUCAGUUGCGCUACAUCAUCUGGUAACUAUAUUAGUCAUAAUAACUUGAGUGAUUGAAGAAGAUUAUUUUAAAAAGGGAUUUGAAUUCUAGUAUUGUUGUGUCAGACCGUCAACAAAUAUACAAACUUUUUAAAUUACACAUGAAACGUCCAGCCAGAAUAAAAUUGUCUCGCCUUCCGUACAAAAUGACUCACUAACGCGAAUUAUGAGUAAAUAAAAUAAAGUAGGUUAGGUUAUUGUCUCAAAUUUGAAUCCAAAGCAAUCUUGACCAGACACGAUAUGUCAAAAUUUUAUCGCUGAUAAACGAGGUUUGUUGGUCACGUGUGGGUCAAUUCGGCUUCUGUAUUGGUAGAACAAGUCCGAUAAAAUUUAAUAAACAAAAAAUAUCGCUAGACUACAGAAGAAACCAUGAAAAUGGUCGAUUCUGAUUGGUUCUAGAGAUCAAGAGUGGAAUAGUCAUAAAAAUAAAUAUCUCG